AGCGCGACCCGUAUCCUCGUGAGUCGUCGAGCCAAGUCAGAAUCAAGUAACCUUUUGUCCGGAAACAAGUAUUCAUGGUCUGGGAACAUCGCGUAGUUAUGAAGUCAACGUUACAUGCUGUUUUUCUGAUAUGUCUAAUGGGCGGAGCACCAGUGGCCGGCCUCCCGACCCCCACCUAUGUAUGGCCUUUGGGCAACACUACCCUCAACACUGAGGUGAUGGCGCGACUGGAUGCUGUUAUACCCGAUGAUGGCCAGUGUUUCCGGUUCCGACAGGGCUACCCGGAACUUCCGUAUGAUGCCAUCAAACUGACUGGUGACGCGGAAUCCCAUAUAGACAUCUCGUUAGACGGGAACCUCAUCUUCAAAGACAUCACCAUAUCCUUCCUCGCCUACCCUGAAGGUCCUCCUCAAGGCACGCUUGUUAACUACCUGUACAAGACCGGUAACAUCCUUAAGGUGUCAAUGCUUGAGAACUAUCUCUUCAUCUCCUUCUGGGACGAGUAUGGAGUCGAUGUGGGAAGCACUGCUCUUCCUGAUGUCCUCUCAGCGGAUACCUGGUGUCAUAUCGUCAUCACCAGAGAGUUCCUGACAGGGAGGAUAAGGAUCUUCAACAAUGGAGAACUACUGGAGAACAUUGAUGACGAUUUCCCCAACGAGAUCCAGUUGCCAUCAGAAGGGGCUCUACGACUGGGGAAGUCUUUAGAUGAACCAGAGGAACCUUUCAUCGGUAGAAUCUCCUGCUUCCAAAUGUACAGUUCAGCUGUUUCACCAGAAGAGGCGGGGAAGACAAAAGAAAACUGUUUCCCGAAGGCAUGGAAACAUACGCCCCAAGUCGUCAUGGAAAGGCGCUUCGUAGAUGGAGAAGUCAGGCAAUGUAUCAGUGAUGGUAGCAAGAAGGCGAGCCCCAGCUGUGACGUCAUCAGCAUGCAUUGUCUCGCCGGAAGCAAGGCCUGGAAUGGCGUCAUGGCAACCAACAACUGGGCCAGUAGCGGAUUGGACACGGCUUACUUUAGUGUGGUGUCACGUGACAGUGUCCCAGAGCCCCAGAAUGAGCAUCUUCUUGGUACCGUGAACACGAAGAACAGCCACGUGUGUUCUCGACUGUGCAUGCGAGUUUUAGGAUGCAAAUCCUUUGCUGUUGGGGGACAUAAUUCCACACAGAAAUCCUGCAUGCUGAUUGAUAGACAGCUUGAGUCCACCGUACCCCGACCCGGCUGGAAGUAUUACAUUAUGAAAAAUUAGCAAAUAUCCUGCAUUAUGACGUACAUGGAUCAUGCGUCAUAUUUGACCAGCCUCAUUGGCCCAUGUCGUAUCGUAAUUUAGCCUGGUAUAGUAUCUUGCAUGAAUUGAGUGGACAAGGACUACGUUGUAGCGAUGUGGCAGUGUAUUUAUCGCCAUACUGUAUAGGCCGGAUAAGACAGAUACCAUGAUGCUGUGUGUAAUAUCGUCCUCGACAUUGUACCCUCCAGAGCUGGACACCUCUCUCUCUCUCUCUCUCUCUCUCUCUCUCUCUCUCUCUCUCUCUCUCUCUCUCUCUCUCCCAAUUUUAAGUUCUCCCUGUCAAUACUCUUGUCUCUAUAUGCCUGUAUCUCUCUAUCUCUGUCUCGCUCCCUCUCUCUGUGUCCUUGUCUCUCUCAGUCGCUCUGUGUGUGUCUCUCUUUCUGUUCCAAUGUUUGGCUCUCCCUAUCAAAACAUCAUCUCUUUUGCGCUCUGUCUCUCUCUGUCUGUAUCUUCCUGUUUCUGUCUCUCUGUUUCUCUCUCUAUCUCUGUAUCUCUCAGUCAGUCUCUGUGUCUGUGCCUCUCUCUAUGCCUCUCUCUCUCUCUC